AAAGAAGGCAAAUAACAAUUCCGUACCCCAAAAAAGAAUACAGUAAGAAAUCGAAAUUUUCGCAAAAGUAGAAAAUCACCAUCGCCUGAUACGCCAACUCGAUGAACCCUAAAACGUCCGCCGGCACGAGACCGCGUCGCCUCUGCUGCUAGCUCGAAGGCGAAAAACCAUCGUCCGCGCCGGCACCGAGUUUCGCAAGAUGGUGAGCGAAAGGCAGAGACUCGCUCGCAAGCGAUACAGAGAAGCCCACCCGGAGCUGUUCCCCAAACCGGAGCCGACCCCGCCCAAAGACCCGACGAAGAAGAAGAAGAAGCUAAACAAAUUCAAGCGCAAGAAACCAGAUUCCAAUGGCGCCGGAGGACCCACCAAGAAAACCUUCAAGAGACACCCGCUUAGAAUUCCUGGAUUGAUGCCCGGUGAGGGCUGUUAUAUUUGCAAAGGUCAGGACCAUAUUGCCAAGCUCUGCCCUGAGAAAGCUCAGUGGGAGAAGAAUAAGAUAUGUUUGCUUUGCCGUCGGCGCGGUCAUAGCCUCAAAAACUGCCCGCAGAAGAAUGACGAGUCCGUUGAUAGGAAGCUGUGUUAUAAUUGCGGGGACACGGGGCAUUCUCUAGCAAACUGUCCUCAACCUCUUAAAGACGGGGGGACUAAGUUCGCCAGCUGCUUUAUUUGUAAAGAGCAGGGUCACUUGAGCAAAAACUGCCCUCAAAAUGCUCAUGGAAUUUAUCCAAAGGGUGGUUGCUGCAAAAUCUGUGGUGGCGUGACACAUUUGGCUAAGGAUUGCCCUGAAAAGGGCAAAAGAUUUUCCGGAAUUGGUGACAAGUCUAGUGCAUGUGCGAACGCGGCUUCUGGAAUGGCUGUCAGCGACGAGUGCAAGCUGAGAUUCAUGGAGCUAAAAGCGAAGAGGAUUUACCGAUUCAUCAUCUUCAAGAUUGAGAACCAGCAGGUUGUGGUAGAGAAGGUUGGGAAUCCGGAGGAAACCUACGAGGAUUUCUCCGCCUCUUUUCCUGCUGAUGAGUGCCGCUAUUCGGUAUUCGACUUCGACUUCAUCACCAAUGAGAAUUGCCAGAAAAGCAAGAUCUUCUUCAUUGCAUGGGCACCUGAUACCGCAAAGAUAAGGAGUAAGAUGGUGUACGCCAGCUCCAAGGACAGGUUCAAGAGGGAAUUGGAUGGCAUUCAAGUGGAGUUGCAAGCCACGGACCCGAGCGAGAUGAGCUUAGACAUCAUCAAAGGCCGAGCGCUUUAGAUGGCUCGCUCAAUACGAUCUCGACGUCCUUUUUAAUUCCUGCUGGUUUUUUUCUUUUCGUCUACGGUAUCGUGUGUGAAAGGCUGAGAGCCGUCGCUUCUUUUGUUCUAAAAAACUGUUUUCUUUUCCAUUCCUCAAUCGGUGAUGUUGUAACGGUGUCGCAAUUAGACUUCCCUUAGCUCAAACUCAAAUGUAUCUGCUGCAUCCUGUAAUAUACAAUUUUUUUUUGGUCUCA